UCUGUGGUGCGGAGAGUGAGUCCACGGCUUUAACUGUCUUGCCGAUGAGUGGCUCCCCCGGUUCCAGGGGGUUCCCUGGUUUCUCAUUUCACCAGAGGCUGCGUCUGUCGGGAAUUAAGACUGGAAAGAGGGAUUUGCCAUCUUGGGAUCCCAUGGCUUUCUUUACUGGGCUCUGGGGCCCCCUUACCCAUGUAAGCAGAGUACUCAGCCAGCGCUGUUUCAGCACCACUGGGAGCCUCAGUGCAAUUCAGAAGAUGACGCGGGUGCGUGUGGUAGACAACAGUGCCCUGGGGAACACCCCAUACCAUCGCCCUCCUCGUUGCAUCCACGUCUAUAACAAGAAUGGGGUUGGCAAGGUGGGUGACCGGAUACUGCUGGCCAUCAAGGGACAGAAGAAAAAGGCGCUCAUUGUGGGGCAUCGCAUGCCUGGUCCUCGGAUGACCCCGAGGUUUGACUCCAACAACGUGGUCCUCAUUGAGGACAAUGGCAACCCUGUGGGGACCCGAAUUAAGACACCCAUCCCUACCAGCCUACGCCAGAGGGAAGGCGAGUUUUCCAAGGUGCUGGCCAUUGCGCAGAACUUUGUGUGAGCAGAGCCCAGGCCGCUGGCUGCCGUGGGGCUCACGAAUGGAGCAGUUCUGAGAACUGUGCCUCUGCUGAGAGGGAGCUUGGGGCCCUGGGACUGGGGAACAGUGUCUUAUGAGAAAAUAAACAUAUUCAUAUAUA